AUGAGCGGACCAAGCACGCGCAGCCACCGGAGCAGCGUCCGCGGCCUGGAGACGACCCUGGCUGAGCUCGCCGGGCUCCUCAAGGCCAGCAAGUCCGUGGUGAUCAUCACCGGUGCUGGUUUGUCGGCGGCAAGCGGCAUCCCGACGUUCCGUGGCGGAAGCGACUCGGUCUGGUGCGUCACGGCGGCCGCCCAGGGCAGGCGCUCCGUGUUCCGCCGCGACCCCCUCCGGUGGUACAACGAGUUCUUCCUCAAGCACUUUCCCAUGAGCUUCACGCGGAAGACGCCCAACGCCGGCCACGAGGACAAGGAGGGGCAAGGCCAAGAGGGCGCCGACAACGAUCGGGAGGAACAAGAUGGCGGCGACGACGACAAUGAUGAUGACUGCUGCCCUUACUCCUUCGACAAGGAGAUCAGGCCCGAAGACUUUACCGAGAGCGUGAGAGCUACUCUCACUCUGGACGACGACGACGCGCACACAGCGGCGGCAAGAGGGCUCGGGCGCUCUCUCACUGAAAUGCCGAGGUGCCCCGGCUGCGGCGAGGCGUCCUCUCCGAUGUCCCUGCUCUUCGACGAGGACUAUGACAGCCACAGCUUCUACGACUUCGAGAAGGCCGAGGACUGGUUCAAGGAGGCCGAUGCCGUCGUGUUCGUCGGCACCUCUUUCGCCGUCACGCUUACCUGUUGA